AUGAAUAAGCUUACCAUAAGAGAAUGGCUUGCGUAUCGCAUUCAAACAAGAGCAACCGAGGCACAUCCGCUCUUGAGAUCACGGAGACUGUUUCAGCAAUUUUUGUUUGAUGGAUUCAGUAUGAUGGAGUCCCAGAGAUUGAAUUAUAUCCGCAAGCAUCAGAAGAAACUUAGAGUCUCUAAGUACUCCAAUCUUACCGGUCCAGACCAAGAAUCGGACACACAUGGUUCAAACAAAGGUAAAAGGGUAGUUUUGCCGUCGACCUAUGUUGGUAGCAGGAGAUACAUGGAGCAGCUUUAUUUUGAUGGAAUGGCUAUUUGUAGCCACGUUGGUUUUCCCGAACUUUUUAUCACGUUUACUUGCAAUCCAAAUUGGCCCGAACUUAAAAGACUUACCGACAAAAUAAAGCUUCGUCCUCACGAUCGCCCUGAUCUCAUAUCCCGAGUUUUUAUAAUCAAGUUGGAUGAGCUGCUGUCUGAUUUAACAAAAAAGCAUGUAUUGGGGAGAGUUGUUGCAUAUAUAUACACAAUUGAGUUUCAAAAAAGAGGUUUACCACAUGCACAUAUUCUGUUAUUUAUGCAUCCCGAUAGCAAGUGUCCCACUCCAGAAGAUAUAAACAACAUCAUUUCAGCAGAAAUUCCUUCGGAGGAGGAUGAUAUGCAACUUUAUCAUUUGGUGAAGACACAUAUGAUUCACGGCCCAUGCGGAUAUGCAAACACUUCAUCGCCAUGCAUGAAAAAUAAUCAAUGCUCAAAAUUCUUCCCAAAAAAAUUUCAGGCUCGCACUGUUGUUGACCAUGAGGGAUAUCCUUUGUACAUGAGAAGAGAUACUGGAAAUACAGUUACGAAAAAGGACGUUGAUCUUGAUAACAGAUUUGUAGUUCCUUAUAAUCCAUAUUUGUUGAAGAAAUUUCAGGCUCACAUCAACAUUGAGUGGUGUAAUCAGGGAACAUCCGUUAAGUAUUUAUUCAAAUAUAUUAACAAAGGAUAUGACCGAAUUACCGCUACUUUAGUUGAUACUACCAACGAUGGAUCAUCUUUAAAUGGAGAGCUUGAUGAAAUAAAACAAUAUCUUGAUUGUAGAUAUGUCUCUCCAAGUGAAGCAUGCUGGAGGAUAUUCUCUUUUCCCAUACAUGGAAGGUCUCCCGCGGUCGAGAGGUUGUAUUUUCAUCUUGAGGGAGACAAUUGUGUUUACUACACUGAUUAUGAGUUGAUUGAUGAGGUACUUGAAAAACCAAGCGUGAAAGAGUCUAUGUUUACCGCUUGGAUGGAAGCCAACAAGACAUCUUCACAGGCAAAAGAUUUGACUUACUCCAAGUUUCUCACAAGAUUUGUGUACGACAAAAGAUACAGACGGUGGAGACCAUGCAAAAGAGGUAAUACAAUUGGAAGAAUUAUAUGGGUUCCGCCAAGUACCGGUGAGCUUUUUUAUCUUAGAAUGAUGUUAACGGUAGCAAAGGGACCGAGAUGCUACGAGGACAUAAAAAAGGUAGGAGGAAUUGUUCGGCACAGUUUUAGGGAUGCAUGUUUCGAAAUGGGAUUUCUUAAUGAUGAUAAAGAAUAUGUUUCGGCCAUAUACGAGGCCAAAGAUUGGGGUUCAGGUUAUUUUUUGCGACAAUUGUUUGUCACCAUGCUACUCUCCGGUACAAUGAAUAGACCUAACCAUGUCUGGGUUAAAACUUGGAAGGUAUUGGCAGACGGUAAUCUUUACCAGCAGAGGCAAGCAACCAAUAAAUUAGACCUGCAUUUAACGGACAAUGAAUUGGAAAACUUGACCCUCAUUGCCAUUGAGAACAUGUUGCAGUCCAAUCGAAGAAGCUUGCAUGAGUUUAAGGACAUGCCAUAUCUCGACUCAUAUGUCACAAGAGACAUUGGCAACCGUCUGAUUUAUGACGAACGUGAUUACAACGUUGAUGACGAAAGAAAAAAUUUCACUUCUCUAUUCAAAGCACUAACAGGUUAUCUGAUAAAAAACUUGAUAUUAUUUGCAACUCUGUUACGUUAG